GCGUCCAGACGUCGCCUCCUGACUGUCAACUGGAGGAAACUCCUCCCAGCAGACAGCGCGUCCUGUCGCCUUUCAAGCGCAAUGGUCUCGUGGAUCAUCUCUAGACUUGUGGUACUUAUCUUCGGUACGCUAUAUCCUGCGUACUCAUCUUAUAAAGCUGUGAAGUCGAAAGAUGUGAAAGAAUACGUAAAAUGGAUGAUGUACUGGAUAAUAUUUGCCCUAUUCACUGCUGUGGAAGUGUUUACAGAUAUGUUUAUUUGCUGGAUUCCUUUCUACUAUGAACUGAAGAUAGCCUUUGUGGUGUGGCUGCUGUCCCCUUACACUAAGGGCUCCAGUGUGCUGUACAGGAAGUUUGUUCAUCCCACGCUUUCCUCAAAAGAAAAGGACAUUGACGAGUAUAUCUGCCAAGCCAAGGACAAAAGCUAUGACACACUGGUGCAUUUUGGGAGAAAAGGGCUGAAUGUUGCCGCCACAGCUGCCGUCCUGGCUGCAACAAAGAGCCAAGGGGUUUUGUCAGACAGAUUGAGGAGCUUCAGUAUGCAGGAUCUGUCUUCUUGUGAGUCUGACACCAGUCAAACCGGCCCUGACCCUUCGCAGCCUGCAGAAGCAGCACAAACUCGAACCAGGUCCAUGAUGCGCAGCAAGUCGGAGAGCUGUAACAAGGAUUUUGACAUGACUGAGUAUGAGAUGUUGGGUAUGGGUCAAUGGGAGUCCAAGGAGUCGCUGUCCCAGACCAUUUCACCCUCUGAGUCCGAGUCCACACUCAUUACGUCCUCUCUGACGCCCCAGUCCUCCCCACCCUCCACACCCUCCCCACCUCCCUCUCCUGCUCCGGAGGAAACUGAGGAGGUGGAGAAAGGGCUGCCGGUAGCAUCAAGCUCUCCACUGCUGAGGCUGAUGAAGAGGAAGGCUCCUGAGCCUCCUCUUAGAGUCUUAAGGCCUCUCACAAGAUCCAGGAGUGCUUUCUCCGAACAAUGAAGCCAUGUGAAACUGUCCUAAAGACUCCAGCUGCCUUCGCUGCAAGAAGUAAAAAAUAUGAAUGGCCAAAAGCUACAUGACUGAAGCAGCCAUGCUUUGGAAUAAGGUAUUACCAAAGUGACCUAUGAUGACCCCUCUAUUUAUAUAACAUCUUGUGGCUCAUGAUUUGAAAAACAUUGAGGGUUGUGACAUCGAGUGCAUAUGAAUGAAUGGUUUCCAUGCUGAUAGACCUUUUGAUUUGAUGGGUUAUUUUAUAUGUUUUUAUGUACGGUGUGUGUGUUACUUCAUCUUUCUGAUUUGAUUGUUUUUGUAUAUCAGGUUUGGAUAGGCAAUUGCAUGCGUGUCUUCCCAGCCAUUGGUCCGCUGUUAACUAACAGAAUGUAGUUUCAUGAAUACUACAAGCCGGAGUGAGAGUGACAUGGUCAAUGUAAAAGAAUGUAGUAAAAGCCAAUGUUCAAUAGAAAACAAAUGUCUUACCCCCAUUCAAUCUGUUCUAUAGAAGCAUCUACGAUCAGCUGCAUUCUGCACUGAUUAAUUCUCAUUUUAUUCAAAAAUCACUCUUCUGAGUUUAAACAUCCUACCUUUGUAAAACUGAACACCAGUGGCAGACAAUAUUUUGUUACGCACCUCUAUUAAAGCCUUAAAGAAAGACGUAACAACCUAAAAUGUCUCAACAUAAGUAUUUCUAACAAAUAUGUUCUCAUUAAACAACCAUUUUGCACUAUGUUUACUAUUUAAAAAGGCUGCCCUCAAUGCUCCUAAAUGGCCUAAAAUAUACAUAAACAUUUAUUCAUAACAAAUUAAUAGCUGAAUAUUAUCACUAAAACUUUAUUUCUUUUUUCUGUGGUAAAGGUAUUCACACCACAGAAAAAUGAAUUCACUACUACAGGAGGUUAUGGAGUUUACCGUUUUUGACAAUCUACUGUUCAUUUUUUAAGCAUUUAACUGAUCAUUCAUUUGGCAAUGGUCGGCCAUUUAGGAAUAUGAUACUUUGAGCUUUAGCAGAAAUAGGCUAUACCGUGAGUCAAUAUUUAUUAAAUAUAAACAUGGUUAUUUUUCCGUGUUUGAAAUCACUGUGUAGUGCUCUGCUGUUAACGAAGCAACACUAAACCCAACAAUCUUCUGCUCCCUGAUUUUUAAGAAUUCAUUAGAGUGACUUUAUUAGUUUACAAACUUACAUUUAAGUUUAAAUUGCUUGUUGAUACACUCUAUGUUUUCAUCCUUUACUUAAUUCACUGAGCCUGGGACAAAGCAACAUUUCACACAAUAUCACUGUGUUGGUUGAUGGAUAGACUUCUGCCAUAGAUCUAUCAUUUUCAUCUUUGUAUCGGUUUCAGUAAGAGUCUGAAGUUUGAAACGAAAGCUUCUCAGGUACAACUGUUCUGUCUACACGUCACUCACUCUGAUGUUGUAGAUACACUUAUGCACAUAAAUUGUCCUUUUAAAUGGACUUUUGGUGAAAAAAAUGAAACAGGAAAAAUCGAUUAUGUGUUUCAACGUUAGUAGUAUCAGUGUUAGUGAUGGAUGUGAUAUCCUAUUAAAAUUCAUGCAAAGCAAAAGAGAAAAAAAAUGUUGCUAAGAAGCAGAUUUGUAUACAUGUGCGUAAACUGAAACUCAUCAUUGCAUGAUGUUUGUUAUUAAUUUGUAUGAACAUUUGAUUUAAGUGAUUUUGCUCAGACACCUUGCAGGUAAACAGUGAAUCCUUUUGUCAUGUUCUGUUGCUUUGUAGAAAGAAUAUGAAAUGUUCUGACUAUACAUCCAUGUUGGCUAUACCUAUGAAUACUGUCUUAUUUACUGGUAAAUGUGCCACUUUGACUUCAUUCAUGAGGAGAUACCACUUAAGUUAUCCUAAGAAAUGUAGUUCUGGCAGGCCAGAAUGUCAAAAUAAUUCAAAUUCAACCUUAUUGUGAAAUACAAAAGUGAAGUGAUGAAAUGAUGGUUAAUCGCUAUCAAUUAAUUGUUCUACUGGGUCAAAUAGUAAGUAAAGAAUUGACUGUGUUCUAA